AUGGCGGAAGUGGGCGCUCACCUCACGGCCGCCCCGGCCGGUGAGGAGCGGCCGUCCGUGUUCGAGGCGGUGGCCCAGGACAGCCUGAUGGCCGCCGUGAAACCCGCCCUGCAGCACCUGGUCAAGGUGCUUGCUGAGUCCAAUCCUGCCCGGUACGGGUUCCUCUGGCGGUGGUUUGAUGAGAUUUACGUCCUUCUGGAUUUGCUGCUCCAGCAGCACUACCUGGCCAGGUGCAGCGCCUCCUUCUCUGAGAACUUCUAUAGCAUGAAGAGGAUCCCCAUGGGAAACGGCAGACGGCAACCUCUGGCCACAGCUGGCCUGCCAAAGAGGCACCACUGGAAAUCUCUGCUCCUGCUGGUUUUUGUUCCUUACCUGAAAGGAAAGCUGGAGAAACUGGUGUCCAGCCUGAGGGAAGAGGAUGAAUACUCCAUCCACCCUCCCUCAUCAUCCUGGAAGCGCUUCUAUAGAGCCUUUCUAGCUGCCUACCCCUAUGUGAACAUGACCUGGGAGGGCUGGUUUCUUAUCCAGCAGCUGUGCUACAUCCUGGGCAAGGCUGAGCAUCAUUCCCCCUUGCUGAAGCUGGCUGGUGUCCGCCUGGUCAGGCUGACUGCAGAGGAUAUCCAGGCCCUGGAGAAGAAAUGGGCUGAAAGCACCUCAAGUCAAACACACAGCCUUUCCUCUCGAGUGCAGUUGGCCCUGAAGAGAGCUCUGGGUGCCGUUGCCCUCUCGCUGUCCACCGGCCUGUCCGUCAGCGUCUUCUUCCUCCAGUUCCUGGACUGGUGGUACUCCUCAGAAAACCAGGAGACCAUCAAGUCCCUGACAGCCCUCCCCACCCCUCCACCUCCUGUGCACCUGGAUCACGAGCCCAGCUCAGCUGUCCUGCCCAGCCUGAAGUCCGUGUGCCCGCUGUGCCGCAAGGUGCGCGUCAACGCCACGGCCCUGGCCACGUCCGGCUUCGUGUUCUGCUACCGCUGUGCCCAUGGCUUUGUGAAGGCUCACCAGCGCUGCCCAGUCACGGGCUAUGCCACAGAGCUGCAGCACCUGGUCAAACUCUACUCCCCUGAGAGCUGAAGGGCUCCCAGGAGCCUCCAGCAGCUCUUUGGACAUGCCAUGGAAGGCUUGAAACAGCUCCUCGGUGAGCUCUGCAGCACUCGGUGGCUCAUCGGCUUUGCUGCCUUUGCACGUUCUGGCAAUGCUCUGCCCUUUGUUGAUAAGCUGUUCAAACAUCCUGGAAGUUGCAGAGGUAUCACACAGCCCCAGCCUGUCAGCCAGCACAGAAAUGCCUUAAAAGACAAGCUGAAAGGGAGAAAACAUUGAUUUGGAUAAGAGGAAUGCAGAUGUGAGGAUCAAAGACCAGCACUGGUGCUGCUGGAGGGCAUGAGCCAGCAAAUUAAAGAGGUAGGGAAAUUCUCCAGGCAGGUUUUUCUUCCCUAGGCAGCUUCCCAGGCCCUUGUGCUGCCCAGGGUGAGCUCUGGCUUUGUCAGAGGUGGAGACAGGCUUAAACCUCUGCUCUUCAGCCUCCUGCAUUUUCAGGCUCUUCACCUUGGAAUUGAGAACAUCACCCUCCUAAUUCCCAUCAACAGUUCCAAAUUAAGACUUUUGACUGUUUAAGGGAACAUGAUGGAGAAGAGGAAUGUGACAUUUUCUGCACAAGAGAGAAAAUGACAAACCAGAUUAAAACAAACUCCCAACUGAUGAGAAUGAUUUAUUGUUAAAUAAGUCUUUGCAUUAAUUAUUAUCUGCUUUUAUAAAGCAAAAUUCUUUCUUGAUUGAGAACCUAAUUUAAUUCUUUUCUGGUUAUUGGAAAAACACUUUGCUCCUCUGGGGGCUCUAUUUACAUAAGAGAGACAAGACUAAAGCUGCUUUCAUCUUUCCAUGUGAUGGUAGUGGAUGUAAGUUUAGCAUUUUGUAGGCUGGGAAUCUUUAAUGUCUGAGCAUUACAUUGCAAUUAUUCCAGUCCCAGCCAUGUAGCACAUUGAUAUCAGAACAAAACAUCCUUCCACUGAACACAGGAGGAAAGAAAAGCUGUGUGGCAUGGCUGGCUCUUGCUUGCCAGCUGAUUUUUCAGAUGGAAGGCUGUUUUCCUGACUCUAGGGAGCAGCAGUGCUCCAGAUAUCACGGUGACAGUGCUUAGAGAACACAAGAGCCAAGUUUCUGUGCAAAGUCCAGACCCCACUCUGGUCUUUCCAGAUUAAGAGCUAUCUCCUAACAUUUAAUCCACUGAACCAGGCAUCUCAUUUUCCCUCCACUUUAGCUCUGUUUCAGAAGAUAAAAAUCUCCAAUAUCCUCCUUCACUUCUAAGCAAGAGCGUAAGGUUAUUGAAUAAUGUGGGAAAAUGCAGUAAUUUGAAUCUUCCCCAAACCCCUAAUAAAUGAGAUUUGUUCCUGAUGUUUUAUUAUCUCUGUACACCUCCCUGACCCUUCUACCUGUGCCCCUGUGGAAUAAUAAUAAUAAUAAUAAUAAAAACUGUCUCAUUUCUCUCUUCUCCAGUAGGAAUGGGGUCCA